GAGAUAGAAAACGGAAAAAGGGAGAGAGAGAGUGGGAAAGGAAGAGAAAUAAGGGAGGUUCUUGUGAAGGAGGGGAUCUGAUCUUUCCUUUUCGCGUUGAAUUCUCUUAUAGCUUUUUUGUGUGACAACACACAUAUACACACACUUGGUGAGAGAGAAAGCAAAAGAAAGGAGGAAAAGGAGAAGAAGAAGAAGAAGAAAGAAAGAAACAGGAUAGAUAGAGAGAUCCCUUUCGGCUUAGGAAAACUAAUAAGGGAGCUAUUGCUUUCCUUGAUAUUUUGUUUGUGUUUGUAAAAAGCUAUUUUUGUAGAUUGGUUUUCUUUCACAGCCCUGAAAAUGCAAAUUUGUCCAAUUUGAUGAAGCAUCCACACCUGGACCUGUGAAACCAUUUUCAUUUGCCGCUGUCUGGUGGGGCACUCUCCCUCUCUCUCUCUCUCUCUCUCUCUCUCUCUCUCUCUCUCUCAGUUUCCUGAUAAGCUUGAAUUUUACAGCACAAGUCUCCAAAGAACAGAAAAACCCAACCCAACAAAAAUAGGCAGCAAAAAACAGAACCAAACCAAAGCUUUGAAGCUGCUUCAUUUGAGCGUUUGCUACUCAAAACCCAACUCAAAAAACCCAUAUAAAAUUGAAUUAUUUGGAUUUGGAAUUCUUGGUGGUUAGUUUGAAUUCCAAGAAAUGAGAGCGGGGUUGAGUACGAUCCAGCAAACCUUAACCCCAGAGGCGGCGAGCGUGUUGAACCACUCGAUCGCCGAAGCGGGUCGACGGAACCACGGACAAACGACGCCGCUACACGUGGCCGCAACCCUUUUGUCCUCGUCCACCGGCUUCCUCCGUCAAGCAUGCAUCAAAUCUCACCCCAAUUCCUCUCACCCUCUACAGUGCAGAGCUCUCGAGCUCUGCUUCAGUGUGGCGCUCGAGCGCUUGCCCACCGCCCAAAACAUGAGCCCCGGCAUGGAGCCCCCUAUCUCCAAUGCUCUCAUGGCCGCCUUGAAGCGAGCUCAGGCUCAUCAGCGCAGAGGCUGCCCAGAGCAGCAGCAGCAGCCUCUCUUAGCUGUCAAAGUUGAGCUCGAGCAGCUCAUAAUCUCAAUUCUCGAUGACCCAAGUGUGAGCCGAGUGAUGCGUGAGGCUAGUUUUUCUAGCCCCGCCGUUAAAGCCACUAUUGAACAAUCGCUCAACUCUUCAGCCGCCGCCGCCUCCUCUGCUGCCGUCAAUUCCUCCCCAAUUGGAUUGGGAUUCCGCCCUGGCGGCCCUCCCGCAGCGCCCCCUGGGAGCCGGAAUUUGUAUUUGAAUCCGAGGCUGCAGCCGCAGGGGGCUGCUGCUGCGCAAUCCGCACAACACAGAGGAGAGGAGGUUAAGAGGGUUGGUGAUAUAUUGUUGAAAGCGAAGAAGAGGAACCCUGUGUUAGUCGGCGAUUCGGAGCCCGAGGCGGUGACGAAAGAGGUCUUGAGGAGGAUUGAGAACAGGGAAUUGGGUGAAGGGCCCCUGAAGAAUGUUGAGGUUGUUCAUUUGGAGAAGGAGGUUUCUUUGGAUAGGAACCAGAUAGUUGGGAAAAUGAAGGAAUUAGGGGGCUUGGUUGAGACCCGGAUGGCGAAUUCGAAUGGGGGUGGGGUGAUUCUUAAUUUGGGUGACUUGAAAUGGCUGGUGGAACAGCCUGGCAGCUUUGGAGGGGUUUCAGGUUCAGGUUCUGGUUCAGGUCCGGUCCAGCAGCAGGUGAUUUCGGAGGCGGGGCGGGCGGCGGUGGUCGAAAUGGGAAGGCUAUUGGCCAGGUUUGGAGAGGGUGGUGGUAAUGGUGGCCGGCUUUGGUUAAUCGGAACUGCUACUUGUGAGACUUAUUUGAGGUGCCAAGUCUAUCACCCUUCAAUGGAAACUGAUUGGGAUCUACAGGCAGUGCCAAUUGCUGCCAGAACGCCUCUUUCAGGAUUGUUUCCAAGGAUUGGGACGACCAACGGGAUCCUCAGUAGCUCAGUUGAAUCUUUGUCCCCAUUGAAAAGCUUUCCAACUACAUCAAUUGCUCAACCAAGACUUCUCUCUGAGAACUUGGAUCCUACUCGAAGAGCAAGCUUUUGUCCACAAUGUACACAGAGUUAUGAGCAAGAACUUGCAAAACUGGUUGCCAAGGAGUCUGAGAAAUCAUCUUCUGAGAAUUCAUCAGAAGCAGCACAACCACCACUACCACAGUGGUUACAGAAUGCUAAAGCCCGUGAUGGUCAUGCCAAAACAUUAGAUCAAACGCAGACUAAAGACCAAGAUCUGAUCCUGAAGCAGAAGACUCAAGAACUACAGAAAGAAUGGAGGGAUACAUGUGUGCGUCUUCAUCCUAGUUUUCAUCAGCAUAGUUUCACCUCAGAUAGAAUUGCUCCAACAGCUCUCUCAAUGACGGGCUUGUACAAUCCACACUUACUUGCUCGCCAACCUUUCCAACCCAAAUCACAUCUGAAUAAAAACCUUGGGGCUCUGCACUUGAACACAAAUCCGCUGACCAGCCAACCAUCUGAACGGGCAGUUUCCCAACCUGGAAGCCCUGUACGGACAGAGCUGGUUCUUGGGCAAACAGAAAUCACAGAAACCACCCCUGACCAAGCACAUAAAGAGCGCAUCAGAGACUUUUUGGGUUGCAUGCCUUCUGAACCACAGAGCAAGCCAAUUGAAUUGCAAACUGAUGAUAAACAAUCGUGUCAAGUAGAUGCUGACUCAUUCAAAAAGCUUUACAAAGGUUUAAUGGAGGUGUGGUGGCAGCAAGAAGCAGCAAAUGCUGUUGCUGAAACUGUGACAAAAUGCAAGUCGGGCAAUGGAAGGAGACGUGGUGCCGGAUCACGGGGAGACAUGUGGCUACUGUUCAUGGGCCCGGACAGUGUUGGCAAGAAGAAGAUGGCAUCAGCUCUUUCAGAACUAGUAUCCAGGUCCAACCCAGUGAUGAUAAGUCUUGGCUCCCAACGCGGUAAUUUGCAGUCUGAUAUGAGUUUCCGCGGUAAAACAGUGGUGGACCGAAUAGCAGAGGCAGUUAAGGGGAACCCCUGUGCAGUAAUCAUGCUUGAGGACAUUAAUGAAGCAGAUGUGAUAGUUCGUGGUAGCAUAAAACGGGCAAUGGAUAGAGGUCGUCUUACUGACUCUUAUGGUCGUGAAAUCAGUCUUGGAAAUGUUAUUUUCAUCCUCACAGCAAAUUGGUUGCCAGAACAUCUGAGACCCUUAUCGAAGGGUAAUUCGCUUGAAGAAAAGCUUGCCAGUAUAGCAAGGAGCAGUUGGCAGUUAAAGCUAUCUGUUUGUGGAAGGACUGCAAAACGACGGCCCAAUUGGUUACAGGAUGAUGACAGAGCCACGAAACCUAGGAAGGAGACAGGUUCAGCUUUAGGGUUUGAUCUGAAUGAAGCUGCUGAUGCUGAGGAUGACAGGGCAGAUGGCUCACAUAAUUCAAGUGAUCUCACAGUUGAUCAUGAAGAUGACAGUCGCCUCAAUAGCAGGCCCUUACUCACAGUCACAACCGCAGCAGUACCCCGGGAAUUGCUGGACACUGUUGAUGAUGCCAUUGCGUUCAAGCCAGUGGACUUCAACCCCAUUCGGCUAAACAUCAUAAACUCCAUCAGAAAAAGAUUUUCAAAGAUUUUGGGUGAGGGGGUUUCAUUAGAAUUGAGAGAGGAUGCUGUUGAAAAGAUCUUAAGUGGGAUAUGGCUAGGCCGGACUGGCUUAGAGGAAUGGGCAGAAAAGGUUGUCGUUCCAAGCCUCCAGCAGCUCAAGUCCUGCCUUGGCGGCACCAACAGUGUGUCGGCCGGCGAGUCCAUGGUUGUUCGGCUUGAAUCUGACGGCAAUUCAGAUUGCCGGGGCCCUGGUGAUUGCCUUCCCAGUAGUAUCAAUGUGGCUGUGGUGCCUGAUGGGUUGAGACAACAAUGAUGUGGGGAUAUAGUUGGUAUUUUGUCACAUUGUAAAUAUGGUAAACGGUGUGGCGGGUAGUCAAAGACAUUUGGGAGGGUAAGCGUUAGACGAGGGAAACGUUGGAUAUAUUGGCAAAACCUUCCUUGUCCUUUUUUUCUUUUUUCUUUUUCUUAAAAUUUUCAUUACUAUUUUUUCUUUUAA